AUGGCCCUUGCCGCAGGGUCUGACAUCACUCCACAGAAUGAGGCCAGGUUGUCAACGCGAAAGCGAAAAUACCGGGAGGAUAUUUGCCAUUCGGCUUCUGCUGACAGCCUAGAUAUAGAUAAACCGUGUACCCCAAGGAAAAUGAACAGAGCCUUUACGACUAAAAGUGUGUUCCUGUCCAUGCCUAAAGGCCGCCGUGGAAUACUAAUAACGAAAGCAGGACCACGACGAGCAACAAAGCCCUGUCUCGUGGAAACCAUCAACUCCCUAUCACUAGACGAAUUUAUCAACCGUUAUGUUCCUCCCAAUGUCCUGGGACACACUAUACGAGUGCAGUGUUCUCCCAAAACCGACGCCCAGGUAACAAACGCGGUCGGCAAAGUGGAGGAUGAACCACACGAAGAAUAUUCCGUUGAAAUGCACACAUCAUCUACCCUCCCAAAGCACUAUUUCGACGCAUGCUUUGCGUUGAUCAAAUUCACCAGUGCUGAAGCAUAUAAGAAUUCACGCAACGGAUGGUCUCCGGCGAAAAAGAAGGUUGAAAUGAAACUCGUCGAUAUGCGCUACAUGUUACUGCUUCGUAAGAAAAAUGAAGGCCAGACCUCGGAAGUCCAGGAGCAAUCUGUGGAGGAUAGUGAUCUUGGAGGAAUGCUUUCAUUUAUGACCACAUAUGAGGACGGGUUACCAGUCCUUUAUUGCUAUGAAAUUCAUCUGACACCGAGACUCCAGCAUAAGGGUGUUGGGAAGCAGCUGAUGCGCAUAUAUGAGGACAUUGGCCAAAACAUUGGGCUUGAAAAGGCAAUGUUGACGGUAUACAAGUCAAACAAGUCCGGAAUAAAAUUUUAUGAGCGACUGGGAUAUGCUGAGGACGAGUUCUCUCCCAGACCAAUGAAGCUGAGAAAUGGCCAUGUGAAAGACUUCGAUUAUAUGGUGUUUUCCAAACCGCUCAAGGCUAACGAGGAAAAAGCGAUCGGAAAGUCUGCCUAA